CUUAUAAAUGUUUCAUGAAUAUAAUGAAAUUUCUAACACGAAAACACUUAAUAUAACUUUAUUAGGUAGUGAUCGUAAGUUUUAAGUUUCAAUCUAUGGAGAUACUUCACUCAAAGAAUUGAGACAAUUAUGCGAAUAGAAACAUUAAAUUAGUCUAAGACACUUUCGAGUUUUUACUUAAGAUGGAGUAGAACUCUUUAAUGAAGAUUUAAUUUACCUUAAAGAUAAUUCAAAAUUGUAUAUUACUAGAGGGGAAGACUUUGAUGCAAAUAUUAUUCAUUAAGAGUAUGAAAUACUAGAAUAACUGGGUAAAGGAGGAUUUGGCAAAGUUUUGUUGGGCAGACACAAAGAAACUCUAAACUUAGUUGCAAUAAAGUAUGUAAACACUAGAAACAGAGAUGCUAAUGACAUUGAGUUAGUCUUUAGAGAAGCAUACUUACUGAAAUCACUUAACCAUAAAAAUAUAGUCAAAUUUUACAACUGUUAUCCGCUCUCCAAUAUGUAAGUGAUUGUUGUCAUGGAGUAUUUAGAAGGUGGAGAUCUUUAAAAGUAUACCUAAGGUAUUUAAAAUAUUGUAAUGAAGCUAAGGGUUAGUUAUGUGAAGAGGAGGCUCGUAUGUAUUUCCGAUAGAUUUGUGAUGCUAUGAUGUAUUGUCAUAAUCGCAAACUUAUACACAGAGAUCUAAAACUUGAAAAUAUUAUGUUUGCUAAUAAAAAUGACACCUUAAUUAAAAUAGUCGAUUUUGGUAUUGCAGGCGUGGCUGUUAAUAGCAACAUGGAUAAAUUGAAUAUAGGAACUAUUAGAUACAUGGCUCCUGAAACCCUUUAAGGAACAAAUUAAAAAAUAGGUCCCCAUAUUGAUGUUUGGGCUAUGGGUGUUAUACUUUUUCAUCUAAUUUUUGGUAAAUAUCCUUUUGAUGGAGAUACAAAUUUCGAUAUCAUAUAAAACAUUACAAGUAGCAGUUAUACAUUCUCAAAAAAGAAUGUAUCUCCUUAUCUAAUUGAUUUAUUAUCUCGGAUCUUCUUUAUUGAUCCUCAAAAAAGAAUCAAACUUUAUGAUAUCCUAAAUCAUGAAUGGAUGAAAAUUUCAUUUGAAUAAGAAUAUUUUGAAAUGCCUUAAACUGUUCCAAGAACCUAAUUUAGACUACCUUCUAUUGAAAAUGCUAAAUAAUAUAAUGGAGUUUAAAAAUAAAAGAAACUGAAUAGAUCAUUCACUCCUCUAAAAAAAACUUCUCCUAGAAGACGAAAUAGUUUUAUCAUCAAAGGAGUUUUAAAGAGAUAUUAAUGA